AUAAGCAAGCAAAGCGCUGAUUACCGCGGACGCAGCGUUUACGCGCACGGUGGAUUUACUUGGACACCUGCAUGGAGAAACUCUGAGGCUUUAUUCCUCCUUUUUUAUUAUUAUCUGCGUGUGUGUGUGUGUUUGUGUCGCGUCUGUCUCUGCUGGGAAACAACUGGAAACUGGAAUGGAAAUGAAUCUGUCGAAGAAUGUGAUUUCUUGCGGGGACCCAGGUGUGAUGAAUUUGGACAGAAUCGCAGAGGCAGUGAGAGCGCCGCCGCCGCCGCCACCGCCGUCGUCCCGCGACGUGGCCCCCGCGUUUCAUUUACCGAGAACGUCAAACAGCAGUCGAGACACUUUAGAGAACUCAAGCAGCGAGUCUUCAGACACAGAGUUGGCAGAGAAGGAGAGGAGUGCCGAGCACAGGAGCGAUGACGGCAACGCGGACGACCCCAAAAAGAAGAAGCAGCGACGGCAGCGGACUCACUUCACCAGCCAGCAGCUGCAGGAGCUGGAGGCCACUUUUCAGAGGAACCGCUACCCGGACAUGAGCACCAGGGAGGAGAUCGCUGUGUGGACAAACCUGACCGAGGCCAGAGUCCGGGUCUGGUUCAAGAACCGCCGCGCCAAGUGGAGGAAGCGGGAGCGGAACCAGCAGAUGGACCUGUGUAAGAACAGCUACCUGCCGCAGUUCAGCGGCCUCAUGCAGCCCUACGACGACAUGUACCCGGCCUACACCUACAACAACUGGACCAACAAGGGCCUCACCCCGGCGCCGCUGUCCACCAAGAACUUCACCUUCUUCAACUCCAUGAGUCCGCUCACGUCACAGUCCAUGUUCUCCGCGCCCAACUCCAUCUCCUCUAUGACCAUGGCGUCCGGCAUGGGCCACUCCGCCGUGCCGGGGAUGCCCACGCCGGGCCUCAACAACAUCAGCAAUCUGAACGGGAUCGGCACCUCCGGCAUCAACUCCGCCAUGUCCUCGUCCGCGUGUCCGUACGGGCCUCCCGGCUCUCCGUACAGCGUUUACCGGGACACGUGCAACUCCAGUCUGGCGACGCUCAGACUCAAAUCCAAGCAGCAUCCGACGUUUGGAUACAGCGGCCUGCAGAGUCCUGGUUCCAGCCUGAACGCCUGUCAGUACAACAGCUGACGGGACCAACGCGGGGCCUUCACUUUUUUAUAAAUAUGAAUAAAUAUAAAUAUAUAUAUAUGUGAGGAGCGGAGCUUAUAGAGAGGCUGUACCUGCGCUUUGGAGAAAACUAAAAAAAAAGCAAAAAAACAAAGACAACUGGAAGAGUUGCAAUCAUUUUCAUAAAAAAAAGAGAAAAAACAUGGAUUAUGCGGGUUUUAUGUGAUUACCAGUGAACUUGCACAGCAAUAGAAAUAUCCUUUUUAAAAAAUGAUGAAGAUGAAGUGUACCGUUGCUGCAUUGUACAUUUAUAAAUGUAAAUAUAUACAGGCUUUACAUAACACACCGUGGGAUUUUCUUUUUUUGAUUUUUGCUUGCUUUUGAAGACUUUUCUUGGGACUUUUCUCGACCAAAAAAAUGAGGAUUUGCGUAACCUGACAAAUAAGUGUAAUAAAAGUGUCGAGCCUGUUUGAGUCCAAACUCAGAGAGGAACAAACAAAAAAAAAAGAAGAAAUCUACUCUGUCUUGUACAUAUUUUAUACUUGCUUAUGUGUGCUUUGUAUUUACCGUCUCUACAGGAAAUGACGCGUCCCGUUCACUUCACUUUA